UUGUUCCAUCUCCCGCAGACAGUGGUCGCUGCACGGGCGGAUUGGGAUGGAUUUAUAGCACGGGAAAUCGCUGCGUUAUGAAUUUCAUAAAAUCUUUGCUUCUCGGUUGUGGACUGUAUUCUUUCGAGAUCUUGCCAGAUUUGUUUAUUCACUCUCCUCUGUUAAAUACGUAAGAACGCAGGAAGUGUACGGUUUUUGAAAGCAUCUUGUUGUUUGUAAAGCAGGCCGCGCAGGCCUCGGAUUUUCCUAAAAUUUUGUCCGGCAUGGUGCGCUCGGCCCACGGGGAACUCGCGGCAUUUCACACCCGGUGCCGAACCAUGGUAUGCACCUAGCACCCAGUUUGACUGCCAGCAUACUUCAUAUACAACACACUACUGCGAAUACAACGGCCUUUACAGCGCUGCAAGCUAAUUGCUGAACCACUCUGAAGUGAAGUUGACUCUCCACAGAGACAACUAAGUGAACUGUGGUACCAAAACAGAAGCAAUAUCAUAUUAUUUAAGACCCUUUUUAUACUGACAUUUGGCUAGGGACUUUAGAAUGGCAUCUGUUCCCGUUUACUGCUUGUGUCGUCUCCCUUACGAUGUCACCCGAUUCAUGAUUGAGUGUGAUGUUUGUCAGGACUGGUUUCAUGGCAGUUGUGUUGGAGUGGAAGAGGACAAAGCGGCAGAAAUUGACCUGUAUCACUGUCCUAACUGUCAGGUGACACAUGGACCCUCUGUCAUGCGCAAACGACGGGGGGCUCUUAAGCACGUUGAUACUGGUGUGGGGAGAGACUCAGGACGACCUGUGAAGACGGGCAGUGCUCAGUUUGUCAGGGAGCUACGCAGCCGCACUUUUCCCAGUGCUGAUGAAGUCCUGCUGAAGCCAACCGGGGCCCAGCUCACUGUUGAGUUUCUAGAGGAGCGCUCUUUCAGCGUCCCAGUCCUGGUCCUCAGGAAAGAUGGCCUGGGCAUGAAUCUGCCCCCGUCAUCCUUCUCUGUAUCGGAUGUAGAGCAUUAUAUUGGGGCUGACAAAGAAAUUGACGUGAUUGAUGUCAACCGCCAAGCAGACCUGAAGAUGAAACUGGGAGAGUUUGUGGAGUACUAUAACAGUCCAAACAGAGACCGAGUUCUCAAUGUGAUCAGCUUGGAGUUCUCAGACACCAGGUUGUCAAAUCUGGUGGAGACGCCAAAGAUCGUGAGGAAGCUGUCAUGGGUGGAGAAUCUCUGGCCUGAGGAGUCUGUCUUUGAGAGGCCUAAUGUGCAGAAAUACUGCCUGAUGGGAGUGAAGGACAGUUACACGGACUUUCACAUUGACUUUGGAGGAACCUCUGUGUGGUACCACGUACUCCGGGGUGAGAAGAUCUUUUACCUCAUUCGUCCCACUGCUGCUAACCUGUCCCUUUUUGAGCGCUGGAGUUCGUCCUCCAAUCAGAAUGAGCUGUUCUUUGGGGACCAGGUAGACAUGUGCUACAAAUGUUCACUUAAGCAAGGAAACACCCUCUUCAUCCCAACAGGGUGGAUUCAUGCUGUCCUGACCCCUGUGGACUGUUUGGCAUUUGGGGGAAAUUUUCUACACAGCCUCAACAUUGACAUGCAGCUUCGAGCAUAUGAGAUAGAAAAACGUCUGAGCACGGCAGACUUAUUCAGGUUUCCAAACUUUGAGACGGUGUGCUGGUAUGUUGGCAAGCAUCUGCUUGACACCUUCAGAGGUCUGAGAGAGAAUCGACGGCAUCCUGCCACUUAUUUGGUCCACGGAGCCAAAGCUCUCAAUAAUGCUUUCCGUACCUGGACACGGAAGGAAUCCCUGGCUGAGCAUGAACAUGAGAUACCAGAGACCAUAAAGAUCCAGCAGCUAGUGAAGGACCUGGCUAAGGAGAUACGCCUGGUUGAGGAUAUCUUCCAACAGAACAUUGGCAGGAGUGGGACACCCUUUGGUGGCUCUCAGGGUCUUCCCUCUCCUCACCCUAAAGCUCCAUUGAACACAUCCCUCGCUUUUGCCCAGCACCUAGGUAAAAAGAGAGGUCCCAAGCUGAAGGACGGAUUUGGAGGAAUGGGCAUAGGCCCUCCAGGAGCUAAGAAAAAGAGCCAAAAAGGCAAAGAGAUAAAGACAGAAGCCGGAGAGCUGGACCUACUCGAGAUUCAUACUAAACACACCCUCAAGAAGUUCCAGCCAGGGUGCAAAGUCAAAAAGAGCAAGCUUGAGCUGCCUGAUGACUGUCUAGAUGACUUCGAAGAGAAGAUCAACAAGAGCAAGCUCAAACUUGUGUUGACUAAUGGAAAGAUACAAGGGAAGAAAGGUCGUGCUGGCAGUGCAAAUGGAGCCGGGAGUUCACUUCAACAGUUCCAGCCCCACAUGGCUACUUUAUCCGACUUUGAUUCAGAAGAUGAGCUUCAGAUCGAUGAAACCCCACCACCUCGCCGUAGACCAUCUCUACCGAGCAAGAAGAAGUUAGCUGGUCUACCAAGGAAACUACCUCGGGCCAAACCAUGCAGCGACCCCCACAGAAUCCGUGAGCCAGGAGAAGUGGACUUUGAUAUUGAGGAGGAUUACACCACAGAUGAAGAGAUGCUCACAGUCCAGGGUGUGAAAGGUGGAGCAGGUGGGAUUUUAGACUUGCUCAAGGCAAGCAAACAGGUGGCGGGUCUCGAUUCUGUACUGAGUGAGGAAGCGCCAGCCUCCCCCAGCACCCGUGAUGCUAUCCAGGGCAUGCUCUCAAUGGCCAACCCUCCAUCUUCCUCAUCUUCCUCCUCCUCCUCCUCUCCUCUAUCUAUCUCCGGAGGUGAGAUGCUGGGGCUUUUAAAGGAGAAAGGCGGGAGAGCUGGGUGGAUAAGUGGAGUCAAGAAGAACGAGAAGAAGACCACCAUUCAGAGGCCAGGGAAACGGCCCAUCAAGCGUCCAGCACGGCACCUCAGUGAUGAAGAAAGCUUGGAUGAACAGGAGACCCUGGGUACCUGUUUUAAAGACUCUGAUUAUGUUUAUCCGUCACUAGAAUCUGACGAGGAGGAUCACAUCAGCAAGUCCAAAAUGAAAAGAAAGCGAAACUGGGAUGAUACACCCUGGAGUCCUAAAGCCCGUGUGACCCCUACACUGCCCAAGCAGGAGCGACCGGUAAGAGAGGGUGCCAGGGUGGCAUCUGUAGAAACUGGGCUUGCAGCUGCUGCUGCCAAACUGGCACAACAGGAACAGCAGAAAACCAUAACCAAGAGAAGAUACACCAAGAAGAAGGUCCCUCAAGAGAAGGUACAUUCUGCAGCUGCCCAACUCCAGCGUCAGCCGGACUCUGCACCCGUGUCUCCUCCGCUGCCCUCUGAGCCUCCUGUGGACUGCAUAGUUGAAGAGAGGAGAGUGGAGGUGUACUCUGCCAGCCUGCUGGACCACGAGUACACAGCAGGACCAGGCCCGUUCAGCCCUGGGGGUCCAAGAGGAAGUGGUGCCAUGGCCCCUGGCGUGUUUCUGACUUCAAGACGCCCCUCUCUCUCUCCCCAAAACAGCAGCAGCUACUCUCCCUCUGCCCCCUCACCCGGAGGUCUGGCAACUCCAACAUCAGCAGGAGCAUGUCAAGGGAAACGUCCAAAGAAAGGACUUGCCACAGCUAAACAGAGACUGGGAAAGAUUCUGAAAAUACAUCGAAACGGCAAGCUUCUCCUGUAGAUUGAUAAUAUGGAGAAGAGACUGCAGGGAACAAUAGAGGUGGAGAAAACGAAUAAGGCUGAGAGGACCUGAAUGAUUUUGAAGUUAAAUUAUGUGACUCUUUUAUGGUUAAUGUUCUGCUUGCCUGGUUUUAUUUGCUUCAUCAGGGCGAAAAGUGAAAAGAAUGGUAACUUGCUGUGAGAAAAUUCAAGUGAAAUCCAUUUAGCAUGGUGUUUUAGAAUAGAAAUUUUAUUUGAAAAGCAAAUAGAGCUAAACAGACGGACACAUUAAACUAGUAAUGGAUACCAGUGAGUGAUGACUGUAUUGCUAAUAUUGGUAUUUUUUUCCAACAUUUUCAGUGCUUCACCUUUAAAAAUGAGCUGCAUACAUGUACACUCCACCUAAACCCUCUUUGUUUCAUAGUUAAUAUUUAGUUUUAACAUUGUAUAUUUUUAGAAAAAAGUUAAAUUCCGAGGAGCACUUGAUGUUAGAUCAAAUUGCCGUCGCAAACAAGAUUACAACAUUGUUCAGAAGAUCUUUGACUGGUUUAUUUGAAGAUUUUACUUCCCAAAUUUAGGAUUGAGAUUGUUGUUUGGUCUGAAUUGUCCCAUGGAUGAGAGGAGAUCUAAUUCUUCAGUCAUCAGCUCAGCAAUUUGUAAUGUCCCAGUCUAAUCUCCUCCUAAAGCCAUGCAUAUUAUUUGUUUACAUGCUUCAUUUAGUAUGUGUUCAUAUCAAGUUGUUUUAUACCAUAGAAGGCAAUUUGAUACACCAUUGACCGUAAUUGCUGUAGAUGAAGUCCUGUAGUAAUGUCUCUUUGCUUGUUAAAUAAUGUUUUUACCGUAGUGUACUAACACAUUUUUAUCAACAAAUGUAUUUUAGAUGUGUAUAUAUUUUAUAUAAGUUUGUCUUGUUUUGUUUGUUUGUUUUCCACUCAGCAUGGGCAGUAUGAUGUCCUGCCAGCAUUUGGCCAUAGUUGUCUUGUUGUCCUUCCCAUUUAUAGUACAGCUCCGAGUGUAACUAGGGUUGAGUUCAGUGGUACACAUUUUAGUAAUUGUAAAGAACACGGAAAUUGAUUUUAGAGCAGUUUGAGAUCUGAUGGGUGAUUCUGUAGGUUCAUUGUAUAUAUUUGGUGUUUUAUUAUUUUAUUUUUUUUUUAUUUUUUUUUUUUGGGAAAGAAAGAAAUUGCAUUGGAAUCUUUCUUGACACAUCUUGUACAAAAAUACUUACAUGUUUUGUAAGUAACAGCAUAAGAGUUGUUUAGUCAGUUUUAUUUGUAUAGAAUAAUUAUGCUGUUAUUUUUCAUUGAUGCUUAUGAUAUUAGCAAUGUGAUAAAGUUAAUGUAUUCUAUUGCUAUGUCAAUGUUAUUGUUCAUUUUAUUUUCCCCCCUCCACUUAUCAAUAAUAUUAAUUGUAUUGUCAAUAUACUUUAGUUUUGCUUUUUUAUAUAUAUAAAUACUCCAUUCUAGAAGAGUUAAAUAUAACAUUUUCUUGUAAUUUUAUGUAAUGGCAACAAUAUUUUUUUAGUCUUCUCCUUUGACGAUUGUCCAUAAUCAGCACCAAAAAUAUUGAUAAACCAGUGGGCCAGUGUAAAUAUUAUUUUGCUGUAUUUUUUUUCUUUUUCUGAAAUGUCACAGAUCUUCACCCUGCCGAACUGUCAUCAUGCCAUCCGAAUGUGAUUAGAAACUUGUUUUGAGGUUUGUAGAAAUGUUUUGAACAUGAAAUAACAGAAGACAGUUGUUAGAAUAUCCUGGUAAAAUAUUUUUUAGACAUUGUUUUAAGAUGAUUCUGGAGUUUAAAAGGAAAUUUCUGAAAUAUUUUGAGUUUUUUGUACAUUUGUUUGAUUUGACUACUACUUCACAUCAUCUCUGAAUGUACACUCAUAUUUUACCAAACAUCUGUGCCUUCAGUAAUGUCCCAAACAUAGCAACCUCUCUUACUGAAACUGUGCAUCUCUGCACGUCUUUUGAUACGAGUUUUACUUUAACGGCAACUAAUGUCUACUGAGACGGCUAUUCAGGAUCUUUGGAAAUUGACAGUGAAAAACAGGAAUGAUGUGAAGCAAGCUGCGCAACAAAGAAAGUGUUCAAAAACCUCAAAAUAUACAAGGACUGACUCUUUUAAAGAUGUUCUUAUUAAAACUUACAUUUACUUAAGUUAUUCUCUAUAUCAUCUUGAGUUAAUUGUGUGGAUUUUAGGA